AAACCGUUAAAAAAACGGGCAAGAAACAAUAGCAUUCUUAAUGGACAAAAAUCAGAUAGUCCCUCCUCCAUUUAAAAAUCAUUGUGCGGUUUUGUGCCUUCUGAACAACACGAACGUGUUUUGGUCACGUGGUUGCGGGGUGGGGUCAACAGGUAGGUGCGUUGCGUGAGUUUUCCGUUUAUAAAGGGAAACAUUGUUCCUGCAGGGUGUCGCUACUGCCUUGUGCUCUCAAGACAACAUGGAUUUCGAUUUGGCGUCAGGUAAUUCUUUAAUCAUAAUUGCAUUCAAGUCGUUCUACUCUAAAAUAUUGUGUGAACUACAGUGUAUCAAUUUCUCAAUAGAUUUUUUGGUUAUUAGUCUGAGAUGCAAGCCACAUGUUUUCCUAUUAUUUGAGCUGAUUGAAUGCGCACUUCACACCUGUCAGGCAUUUAAUUGAAUUAUUCCAAAGACUGCCUUAAUUGAGACAAUAUGUUUAUAUUAUUAAUAACAGAGGGCAAAUGUGCAUCAAAAGGACUUGAUACAUAAAUUACAUGAUUAGCAAUAUAACAUGGACAGACGGAGAAGGCCUUAUGUCCUUUCAGUUGAAGAAAACAGUGCCUUUUCUUGAUUUCUCCACUUUCUACUUAUUGCUAUUGAGGAUGAGAACCUAUAAUUGAAUGAAAUGGUUCUGGUUAGUUUAUUAGGCUGUGAUUGUUCAUGUAAAGAACACUGUAAGCCUACAUGCCCUGUCUCUUAUUUAUCACAGCUGUAGGUAAAGAUGAUCAGGUGAAAAAGGAUGAUGCCUCUGGCCAGGAACAGAACGCCCUCUUUGGAUGGGGGAAGAAGAAGGACAAAGCUGGGGAUAAGGACAAGGUAAGAAACACACUGUUACCAUCACCUAAACCAGUUGCUUGACGAGUGCUUCAAUUGUAUUUCAACCAUCAACAGCAAUUUGUGUGCAAUUAAUGCUGAUCCACACAAACUGCAUACAAGGUAUCCUGACUGUCUACCAACUUUCAGAGUGCAUCAAAGGACCAUGACAAAUCCAAGGACCGUAAGGACCAUGACAAAUCCAAGGACCGUAAGGACCAUGACAAAUCCAAGGACCAUAAGGAGGACAAAGACAAGCAUAAGGAACAUAAGGACAAGAAACAUGGUGACAAGAAGGACAAAGGUCAUAAGAAGAAAGACAAGAAGUCCAAAGAGCAUAAGGACAGAGAUGAUGGGCAUGGAUCCUCUUCAUCAUCAUCUUCGUCCAGCAGCGACGAGGUAGUGUACAUUAGCCUUGAUUUGUUCCGUUUUUUGUUUGUUUUUAUGCUCUAUUAUUGUUCCAAAGAAUGUUAAUGUAUGACUGCUAUAGAAUGGGGUCCAACAAGUCGUGUUGACAACCACUCCUUAGUUCAAGGGUUCUUUACUAUCAACAUGGGUAAGGCCGUAAAGGCUGUGCAGGUCAUACCAGCUGUGGCAGUUUUAUCACGCUCUAGUUAUGUACGAGUAGUUGGUGUUUCCAUUUACCAGACUUGAGACUCAGAACUUUUACUAUCACAUGCGGUUCCAUGCACUUUAUCAGCUAGUAAAACAUUAUUUUAGAAACAUAGCUCCUUUUGCAGUCUGUAUUCCUGCUACCUCUUACUGUAAUAGCUAUCUGUUGUUGAUAGGUAUGUGGGCAAGACAGUAAGACUCAUCAGAACUUUUAUAACCUUGUCAUGCCUUACUUUUAUGCAAACUAGGCUAAUGUAAAAGAGGAAAUGGACAUGAAUGCUCUGAGUUACUAGGUGUGUCUGAAAACCGAUCAGAUAGGAGAGCAAUAAAAAGGUGUUACCUGCCCUACAGUCACAUAUCAGGGCCUGCCAUUGCCUGACUGCAUAUUUCACCCAAAACAAGUGUUAUUAUUAGUACAUGUAAUGGUUCAUAUUAAAUGUAUGUCUUUUGUCAUUUUAGGAUGAAGGCAAGAAGAAGCAUCACUGAUUCUGGUGCUGUGAGGAGGUGCUACUGCCAGUUCACUCUUGUGUCAAUGUUUCGUACUGCAGUGUUGAUGCAUGAUAUUUACUGUGUACCGUUUCCUUGUUGUUCCUGAUCAUGUUUUGAUGUGCCAGACAGUAAAUUAGUGGUUUUACAACAGAACAUUAAAUAACACAACAACCAGGAUAUAUAGUGAAUGUCUGACUUUUUUCAGACAUCUUUCCUCCCUAGUGAAAAGUCUAAUGUCCACCAGAAGGGGGAGGUGUUUGUCAUUGAAUAUUUGUUUAAUAGAUUGAAUACAGUUGAUUGGCAAACAUUUUGUUCAAGUUUUUUGAUAAAUUGUCCGGUCAAAAGAUUGAAUUGCAUUCUUUUGUUUUAUUUUAGCACAUUUUAUGUGAAAGCUCAAUGUUCUUAGUUUUGAAGUAAAAAGCAUAAGGGAGCAUAUACCCAAAGGUUUUCUCAACAGGGGAUAGUGUUGGGUACAGUGCAUGUUACUUCAGUACAUAUGUAUUGUACUCAGACUACGCAGUGUGAAGAUAGUUUUUGUAGCAUGAAUGAGUCCUAACUAGGAAAAGCAAAGCUGCACAAGACUGGGGUACACAAAAUGCAAGACACAGCAAAGCCAGGCAGUGUUUCCUUAACAUGGCAUCAAUAUUCAAGUGGACGUGAACUCUAACAGGUUGUCAGGAAAGAAGAAUUAAAACAUUUAACAUACGGAUCUUGUUCACAUUCUUAAUCCAGGGGGAAAAAAGAAAAUGGCGAGAUUGCAAAAUGUAUCAAUAAUAAAUCAAGUGUCUUUGGAUGCUGCCAUUGCUGUAUGGUAACUCUUCUUACACUUGGCAGUAUCACCGUUGGGAUGCAGGGGAGAUUAACAGAUAUACAGCCUGUCUUUCUAGUUGAUCUAGUGAACUUGUCAGCAGAACUCUACGGUCACUUUUCAUUUAUACUUUCAUGGUUUAUGAAAUGAACAUGACAGAGCUUCUAGUAAAAACAAAAAAAUGGUGUGCUCAUACAGUUGAAGUCAGAGGUUUACAUACACUUAGGUUGGAGUCAUUAAAACUCGUUUUUCAACCACUCCACACAU